GGACCUUUAGCGGGAAUUCCUAUCGCAAUUAAGGAUAACAUAGCAACUACGGACUCCCCAACAACAUGUUCCUCAGCUAUGCUUCAAAACUUCGUGUCCCCAUUCGACGCGACUGUCGUUAAACUUUUGCGGAAAGCCGGAGCUGAUAUCAUUGGGAAAACGAACCUUGAUGAGUUUGGCAUGGGAUCGUUGAAUGUACACUCGGUUCAUGGGCCCGUUGUGAAUCCAUUUCAUUCCUAUUCGUCUGGAACUACUUGGGUUGAGCGUGAGAAGAGGUGUGCGGGGGGGAGCUCUGGUGGUAGUGCAGCAGCCGUGGCUGCCGGUAUGUGCGUUGCUGCGCUAGGGACGGAUACAGGUGGUUCUAUUCGUUUGCCUGCGUCGUAUUGUGGUAUUGUGGGCUUCAAGCCGUCCUAUGGACUUGUCAGCAGAUGGGGGGUGGUAUCAUUUGCUGAUAGCUUGGAUUGCGUUGCAGUAAUGGCGGCUAAUGUAUCCGAUGCGAAACGCAUUUUCAAUUUUAUCUCGGUAUAUGACGAGAAAGACCCCACAGCCGCAACUGAUGACGUCCGACAAAUGGCAUCUAAGUCUGUUCAAGAAGGGCUUCAUCGACUGCGCAGGAAUAGACGGCCAGGGACAAGGUUAGAUGGGAUAAGAAUAGGUAUUCCACAGGAGUACUUCCCGUCUGAACUAUCCCCCACUAUUCUGGGCCCCGUUCGCAGGGCUAUAUCGUCUUUGAAAUCACAAGGAGCUAUCGUUGUUCCUGUAACGUUGCCAUCUACGUCCUAUGCCCUAAGUGCCUACUACGUCCUCGCAAGCGCGGAAGCGAGCAGCAACCUGGCUCGUUAUGACGGGAUUCAAUAUGGUUUGUGGACUCGCGUCUCACCACCACAUGGAGCUGACCUGCGCAAAACGUCUCGUAUCUACGCUUACACGCGUAGUGCAGGUUUCGGCCAUGAAGUGCAAAAACGUAUUCUACUAGGAACUUACGCUCUGACAGCCGAUGCGUUCGACAAUUACUUCCUCCAGGCACAGAGAGUCCGUCAGCUAGUCAAAAACGACUUUAACAGUGUAUUCUCCAUUCCAGACUAUUAUUCCCCAUCCACUCACACCAAGGACCCAUUGGAAACAACGGUAGACGUGCUGGUCCAUCCUUCAGCCAUUAGAACUGCGCCCCCACUUCCGACCACCGAGACUGAUGUGAAUGACGAUGCUAGCCUUGAUGCGUACGUGCAAGACGUUUUGACAGUCCCAGCGUCACUUGCUCGGCUGCCUGCACUCAAUGUUCCCAUACCGCAGGGACAGGUGGAUGAGCUCGACGAUGGGUGGCCCAUUGGUAUCAGCGUCGUUGGACAGUGGGGGACGGACGAGUUGGUGUUGGAGGUCGGGGAAGCUUUGGAG